UCGUCGGGGCCGCCCGGUGCCAUCCCGCCCCGUGCCCAGGAGAGCGGCCGCCUGGCCUCGCAGAUCCGCCGGCUGUACGGGGCGAACCGCCGCGCCGCCCGCCCCUUCUGGCUGUGCCUGACCGAGUUCGCGGCGGGGACGCCGAUCUACGAGCAGUGCCUCCGCAUGAACGACGGCUUCGCGCGGUACCUGAUGGACACAACUCCAGAGAGUUACCUGGACCUAUUUCCUUUGGAUGCCAUUGUUUAUCUCACUCCUGACUCUGAAAAUGUCCUUGAAGACAUCGACCCGGAUAAGGUGUACGUGCUGGGAGGGCUGGUGGACGAGAGCAUUCACAAGCAGCUGACCCUGCAGAGGGCACGGCAGCAGUGCCUGCAGACAGCCCGGCUCCCCAUCCGUGAGUACAUGGUGAAGGCCCCCAACCCCAGGAACUACCACUCGGAGACACUGGCCAUCAACCAGGUCUUCGACAUCCUGAGCACCUACUACGAGACACGGAGCUGGCCAGAGGCCCUGAGGGCUGGAGUCUCUUCUGGAAAAGGCUUCGUGCUACGGGAGGCAGCGGAACAGGUGGAAACAGCCCAAGGAAACUCUUUAUUUUGUGGUGAGGAGCUGCACAGGCAGGAGGCACCGGCGUGACUGGGCACAGGGAGCACAGUCGCUUGUCAGAGCAAGGGACCUCUUCAGAGCAACACCUUCUACCUCAGCUGGAUAAUCCCCAUCCCCCUGGGCAGGGAACAAGAGCUGGUGGAGCCUGGGAUCAGUGAAAACUGACGUGAAUUCAGUUUUGCUUCCUUGCACCUGUUGGUUUGUGACUCCUGCACCUACACUUGCUCUGGGACAGGGAGGAGAGCCUUGAUGUGUUUCCUUCAUUUUAGUUAAACAGUGAGUAAGGUGAAGUUAGGAUUGCAAAGCUUAUGGGCGAAGAAAAUCCCUCCCCAUGGGCCAGGACAGUGCUGGUCCCACAGGAGAAUGCAGGAUGGGAGGCAAGGGCACCAUAUCCCCACAACUUAAACCCAGCUGAAGACUUGGUGAGUUGUUGAAGCCUGUAGCUAGUUCUACGCAUCUAAUCUAAAAUAAAACGUUUAGAUCCCCA